AUGGUUAUUGAGGCGGUUGAGAAGGAUGCGGGCGAAGAUCUUCCCGGCGAUGUUCAGCAAGGAGAUGCCGCGGUGAUUGUCGCAGACUUGGCGAUUACCUUUGCGCUUGUAGACAGGCACGAUCGUGGCGUCCUUGAAAUCUUGCGGGACUUCGCCUUGACGCCACAUCUCCUGGAAGAGCGCAGUCAGGUGAUCCAUGAGUUGGGGACCUCCGUGCUUGUAGACCUCAGCAGGGAUCGCGUCCGAUCCGGGAGCCUUCCCGCUGGAGAGCUGCUGCACUGCCCUGAUGGUUUCCUGGCGAGAUGGCGGGAGGUCGAGAUCCGCGUUGGUCUCCACUUGCGGCAAGCGGGCGAUGGCGUCGUCGGAGAUGGCGGAGGGGCGGUUAAGGACGCCUCGGAAAUGCUCGGCCCAUCGUUGUAG